AUGGCAACUGCCGUGACGUCCCUGGAGCCAGCCUCGGUGCCCCCGCCCCUCUCGCCGCUCCCCCAGCAGGAGGAGGGCCCGCCGUCGCCCGCUCUCUGGGCUCAGCCGCCGUCUGGAUCAUCACCUGAGGCGGCCGCGGCCCCGUCAGGUGAGACCAUACCCAUCCUGGCGCCUGAACUGUCUUCGGUGAUUCCCCUGACGCUGCCGUGGUCCGUGCCCGGACCCGCCACGCUGCAGCUUCCGGCCGUCUUCCUGUCGGAGUCUCGCGGGUCACAUCGGCCGCUGUCGCCGCCGCCCCCGCCGCUACCGCCCAGCGCGUCGCCGCCGCCGUCGCCGCACGUGCACCACCACCACCAUCACCACCACCACCACGCGUCCCUGGCGUCCAGCGCGGCGUCCGUCACCCCGCCGCUGACCACCGCCGCCACCUCCAGCACCGUCACCAGACUCUGUCCGGCUCCGUCCCUCGGUGCGGCGGCGGCGGCGGCGCCCCUCGGCGGCCCGACAUACACCGCCCGCUCCUCCGCCGCCAGGAUGGGCACCGGGAGGUCAGGUGAAGAGGGUCUGAAGAGUGUUGAUCAUCCCGCAGGUGACAGACUACUGGACAUCCCCUGCAAGGUGUGUGGAGACCGCUCGUCAGGCAAACACUAUGGCAUAUACUCCUGUGAUGGAUGCUCCGGGUUCUUCAAGCGCAGCAUCCACCGAAAUCGCGUGUAUACGUGCAAAGCGACGGGGGACAUGAAGGGCAAGUGCCCAAUAGACAAGACUCACCGCAACCAGUGCCGGGCCUGCCGUCUGAACAAGUGCUUCGAUGCUGCCAUGAACAAGGAUGCAGUCCAACACGAGCGAGGACCCCGCAAGAGCAAGCACAAGGACGGCAGUAUGGCCGGCCUGGGCAGCAUCAUGCAUCCGGAUCACUACCCCUCGCAGGACGUCUCCAAGGUGCCCCAGCUGCUCUUCCCACCGCCUCACUUGCCCUCUCUCAAGCACCACUCGCCUCAUCUGUUCCCCGAGGGUAUCCUGGCGCCCACACCCAUCUUUAUGCCCCACGUACCCACCUCCCAGCCUCACGGCCUCCUGCAUAUGCUCUCAUCUGCAGAGAAGAUCCAGAACGGCAAGCUGCCUCUUACCAGCGGGUCCAUGGGAGGGAUGUCGGAGGUGACAGUCUCGCUUCCCCAGGCGCCUACUCUUCUGCCUUUCGCUCCAUCUUGGGAAAUAUUCCAGGAGACGACGGCAAGGCUGCUCUUCAUGAUGGUACGAUGGAUCAGGUCACUCGCCCCGUUCCAGACGCUCUCCAGGUCAGACCAGUGUGUGUUGGUGGAGGAGUCGUGGAAGGAGUUGUUCCUCGUACAUCUGGCACAAUGGUACUUGCCGCUCGACCUCAGCGCCCUCCUCCAAAGCCCCGCUGCCCACUCCAGGUUGGGGAGCGACGAACGGACGGCUCUGGAGCUAGCCACUAUCCAGGAUGUGCUCAGGCGCUUCCGACACCUGUCCCCAGACAACACGGAGUGUGGAUGUCUGAAGGCUGUCGUUCUCUUCAAGCCCGACGCCAGCGGCCUUGUUGACGUGCACCCGGUGGAGAUGUUGCAGGAUCAAGCUCAGUGCAUCCUCAGCGACUACAUCAGAACCCGCCUCCCGCGCCAGCCUACUCGCUUCGGCCGCCUCCUGCUCCUCCUGCCGGGGCUGAAGACCGUGCGAGCCACCACGGUGGAAGGCCUCUUCUUCAAGGACACGGUGGGAGAUACGCCCAUCCACAGGCUGGUCCUUGACAUGUACACCAUGGACAAGAAUGACCAAGGGGGACUGUGAUAAUCUCUCAAAAUUGCGGUUGAGUGUCGCAUCUUCAGCAUCUUAUUUUUCCGGAUAUCCGGAUAGUGGUUCUCUCCGAUACAAGCGAGUAAUGGAGUCGGAGCCCACGUGAUUGCGGUUAAGUAUCUCGUUUUCAGACUCUGGUCUCUCCGAAUAUCCAGAUGAAGGCUACUUUCCGAUACUAAAAAGUCUUGGAGUUACCUCCAUCAUGAUGUGCCAGUAGAAAGGCUUUCAAGAGAACUUUAUUGAAAGUAUCGACCUGUCAUAAAGUGAACCGAUUACAUUAAUGUGGAAAAAAGGUAGAGAAUGUGUGUUUAAAAUAACGUGUUUACCCAGAAACAUUUUGUAUAAUUUCUACUUGUUUGUACAUAAGCUGUUACCAAAGAGAAGUUGAUAGAGAGAAGCGCCUUGAGCACAACGAGUUUGCUACACAUGUUCCCAGUGAUGAGGCUUAACUUGUGGAGCUGAUAACAUGACCUAGGCUUGGUGGGACGUCGCGCCACCUCUCUCCCACGUUGUGUUCAAGAGCACAGCCGUUAGGCAGAACAAGGCGAUGGUUUCUCAAUAGAUUACCUUGUUAAUGUUGGUGGAAUCUUCCAGUGGCUGCGUCUGGUUACACUCCACAUUUCUGCAACAAUCUCAUAUUUUUUACCCAUAUAAAGGCGUGUAUUUAGGUAGUAAAUAUGACAAAAACCUGCAAGAUGCUACCGAGAGAUGAAUCUCAAACACGUGGAAUAAAUCUUCCCACUUGGUUCAUUAUAUAAGUGAGCAAAUCAACACAACCGAGAUCUGAGCAGAACACCGACCCAAAGUUCCUAAAUCAGAGGAAUUUUGAUUCAGGAACUUUGAUAUUACUCUGGUAUCAUCAGAGAUAUCAGUGGCUGCUUAUAUCGUCAGAGAUAUCAGAGUAAUGCAGGUCAUUACAAUCCAGGUAAGACCAUAUUCAAAGACAAGAGAUCCUCCAUACUAUUGUAUGUCAUCCCUUGACCUUCGCUCUUUUUUGUGGCGUUCACAGCGACCUGGAAGUAAAGUGGUCUCUCUCCUUCCCUCUAUCUCCGUGUGUGAGGUGGGACAGAGAAAUCAUGUGGUAUUAGAUAUUGUAUUUUUAACAACACAUUCCCUUCUUUCUUUUUAAUUUUUACUCUGAUUACGUGUCUGGGUCACCUUUAAAUGUUUAUAUUGUAUUACAGAUACUUUUAAAAUUAUAUUUAACAAAUUUGACAUGAACAAAUUAUCGUCUGGUUCUUCGUGCCCCCUUUUUUUUUAACCAUACUAUCAAUAUAAUAUAUAUUGCUGAACUACCUUUUUGCUCUCUUUAUUUUCUACGAAGGUCAGUGGAGGUGUCGUUUUCCAAAGAAUGUCAUACAUGAAAGUA